AUGUUGAUCAAUGCUCUUGGGUACAGCCUGGAUAGCCUGCAACACAUACUGAUGGAAGAGCUCGAUAGUCUUCACACCGCCAAUGGUUACCGCAGUUUUCCAGCUUCUUCGGCCUUCCUCCUUGAUGCCUGUCGUCUGCUGAUACCUGAUGGCUGGUAUGAUGAUGUACUAGAGAAGUUAAAGACCAGUGGUGAGGUUAAAAACUUGACUUAUCUUCUGAAAUUGCGGUCGUUACUUACCCGUGAGCAAUACGUCGAUGUUGCAGACCCGGGUCAAAUCGUAGACCCUUACGAUAGAGGCAGGUUUGAACUCGUAGACUUCCUCAAGCAACACAUAGCAACUUCUGAUGGCACAUUUACCAAUCCCUUUGGAGAGCAGAUGCCACCAUUUCGGAUCAGACCUCGGAAUUUCCACGGCACGACUAUUAACACAGAUAGACAAGAUAAGCGCUCGAAUAAUUUAGCAAAUUUGCUGCCAACUUGUUCAGAGCGCAACUACUCCUGGACAGCAAACGAACAUGUAUCUUGUAUCUGGUAUGCAAUGUCGGUAACACUCGAUGCAAAUAGGUACCUCGUGAAAGCAACACACGCUUACAUCAUUGCCGAAAUCAACAAGCAGUCUGAGCAGUGGCAUACACCUGUUCUGUACGCCGUGCUUGCCGAGGAUUCUUCCAUUCUUCUUGAACAACGCGAGUUCCACAUCCGCGAUUUUCCCCAAGCUAGCAACGAAUUUGGUGUGGCGUAUGUUAAUAUCCAUAUGCCUGUUGUCUUUCAACAAAUACGUGGCCGAAGCCGACGACUUAACAGCUUCGUCGAGACAUUCCGCUACAUGGGCAAGACCGAAGAUACUAUCAGAAAGUGGUACACUCACGAGAAGUUUCUCCGUCAAUUCGACGAGUGCCCGGAAGACUGGAAAGGCUGGGAUGAAUGGGUCUGGGGAAGCGAGGAGAUUCCAGAUUGUGGCGAGCCAACGUCUGGUGUUGAGCUGACCAAGCCGAGACGCGAUGCCUUGCACUUGGAAGCAAAGGCCGCUGGAAGACUGGCUUGGUAUCCGGACCAGAUCAUAUACAGUCCCAAGAACCCUCCUCAGGCCGUGAGGGCUCAGGAAUAG